AUGUAUGAUCGCGAUGAAUACAUCGAAGUACUCUUUGACAAUCUUGAUCCUGACACUGUUUUACAAUAUGCAAAACAAAGUAGAGCAACUUUGGAGACUUAUGGAGAACCCUAUGAUUAUGGCUCAAUUAUGCAUUAUUCACUACGUGCAGGAACGAAGUAUGGCUUACGUGCUUUUCGAGUACUUGGAUCAUACGAUGAGAACGCUAUUGGUAAAUACAAAACUCCAAGCCGUAUAGACAUACGUAAGCUCAACAAGUUAUACGGAUGCUCUCAAACCGACACGGCCGAUUCGAGGUAG